CAAUGUACCUGCGGCGCUACCCGGUGGCGGCAGCUCGUGCUUGGUACAUAAGAGGUGGCGCGUGAUAGGCUUCUUCCCCAACAAACCCCAAGAUGCUCGCAUACCUUCUCGUGGCCCUGCUUGCCGCCAUUCCCAUCUUGUCGGCUCCGAUAGAAUCUCUGAGCGCCAGGCAGAGUUCCUAUGUCAAACAACUUUACCUUCUCAAAGACCCGCUCAUCUCAGACAAUGACCUGAUCAAGUCUGCCGGUUUCAACACGGUGAUCGUGUUUCAGGUCGGCGUGGAACCCAACGGUGAUAUCAUCUUUUAUGGCGCCAAUGCCAAUCCGACUGUCGCUACAGGAGGUCAAUACGUUGGAGGAUCUGCGUAUGCCGACACCAUUUCAGCGUACAAAACCGGCUCAACCACGAUCCAGCGCGUGGAACUCGCUAUUUUGUCUGGAUCCAUGUCCUACCAGAGUAUCAAGAGCUUGAUCGCAAGCAAUGGCACCGGUCCCAAUACACCGUUGUAUGAGAAUUUCAAAGCCCUUAAAGCAGCGUGGGACCUCGAUGCGAUUAAUGAUGAUGACGAGGAGGUCUACGAUGUCAGCAGUACCGUAGCGUUUGCGGGCAUGAUGGGAGAGAUCGGCUACAAAUACACUGCUGCUCCUUACACCAAUCAAGCUUUUUGGGCAGAGGUCAUCUCUCAGGUCAACCAGAACAGUCCUGGUCUCUUUGAUCGAGCAUAUCUGCAAACCUACGACGGAGGAGAGGGCAAUGACCCUGGACAGUGGGGCAGUGCUCUGGGAAUGCCUGUGAUCCCACUCGUUUGGGUCAGCAAUCCUAGCGAUCCGCAGUACGGCGAGACCCCUACACAGGCUCAGCUGGCGUUUGAAACUUGGCAUCUCACCGAGACGAUCGCUGGGGGUGGUUAUUGGAACUCAUAUGAUAUCGAAAACUCGGAUCAUGCGGACUACGACGCAUACGCUCAGGCUCUCACGAAUGUCUUUGGGUAGACAGGCUCAUAGGUUGUAUAAUGGAUGCACAGCGUGUUCGCUAU